AUGUUUGCACCAACAUUCUGUUAUGAUUUAGAUUUUCCACGUUCUUCUGGUAUCCGUAAAGGAUUUAUUCUACGACGUUGUGCUGAAAUUCUCGUACUUUUAUCAUUACAAUAUUGUCUUAGUCAACAAUGGACGUUACCUAUUUUACGAACAUUUGAUCGACCGCUAAAUCAAUAUUCAACACUACAAAAUAUUGAACGUCUUCUACGUCUCGCUUUACCAAAUCAUCUCUUAAAUGGUUAA